UCUGCUGCUUCUUUCUCUUCCUCUCUUACGCUCGUCUCUUGUGUCUCUCAUCCCUCAACCUAAAUCUCCCUUUUUGUCUGCCUCCCUCUCUCUCUCUUAUCAUUUCUCAACCUCAAGUGUCCCUUUUUCUUCCUGCCUCUCUCUUUUCUCAACCCAUUCUCUUCUUCUUUUCUUCGAGUUACUCUUCCACGUUGUCGCCAUUCGCCGUUGUCUUCAUCUUGCAUGCAUUUGGAGAUUGAAGCCACAAAGCUCCUCUCAGCGAUCUACGGCACCAUCCAUUGAUCUUGUCGGUUUCUAUUAUAUUUCGGUUCGGUUCGGUUUCCGUUUGAAUUUUUUAUUAAUUCUGUUUUUGGGUUUCUCGAUUUCGGUUCGGUUUCCUCAGCCCUGCAUUUACGAACUUGUGUCGGAGAAACCCUAACCGACCUGAAUUCACCGUGGAAACGCCAUUAGAAGCGAUUGCUCAAAAUCAGAGAGGCAGAGGCGGAGGCCACCAAGAUGUCGUCAACGCUUUUAGAGGUGACUCGCGCAGCUCAUGAGGAAGUGGAACGGCUCGAGCGGCUCAUAGUGAAGGAUCUCCAGAAUGAGCCUGCGACGAACAAGGACAGGCUCUUUCAGAGCCACCGAGUUCGCAACAUGAUUGAAACCAUCAUGUCUACAACACAUAAACUCGUUGAGAUUUACGAAGAUAAGGAUAGUGCAAGGAAGGACGAAAUUGCAGCUCUUGGGGGACAAACAGCAACAGGAACAAACGUGUUUAGUGCAUUUUAUGAUAGGCUGAAAGAGAUUCGCGAGUACCAUAGAAGGCAUCCAGCUGCACGCGUUGUUGAUGCCAACGAGGAGCAUGAUGCACUGCUUAAAGAGGAACCCCUAAUUGAGUUUACUGGAGAGGAAGCAUUUGGGAAAUAUUUGGACAUGCAUGAGUUGUACAACCAGUUUAUUAAUUCAAAGUUUGGGGAGCCUAUUGAAUACUCUGCUUACCUUGACGUUUUCUCACAAACACAUAAUAUCCCCCGUAAGCUGAAGCUGACAAGGCAGUACAGGGAGUAUAUGGAGAAUCUACUUGAGUAUUUAAUUUACUUUUUUCAAAGGACAGAGCCUCUGCAAGAUCUUGAUAGAAUAUUCUCAAAGGUCACAGCUGAAUUUGAAGAGCAAUGGGAAAAUGAUAACGUGCAAGAAUGGGAGAAGGAUGUGAAAGAAAAUGGGCAAGCUCCACCUCAGCAUACUGUUAUUGAUCUAGAUUUUUACAGCACCGUUGAAGAACUGAUGGAAGUGGGCCCUGACAAAUUAAAGGAGGCACUAGCUGCAUUAGGACUAAAGAGUGGUGGUACUAUUCAGCAGCGUGCAGAGAGGCUUUUCCUCACAAAGGACACAUCACUUGAAAAGUUGGACAAGAAGCAUUUUGCCAAAGGUUCACGUGGAUCAGAACAGAAUGGAGGUGCACCUGCCAUUAAAGAAGUUGAAAAUUCAAAAGAAAUUGCACUGAUGGAGGCCAAAAUGAAAAAACUAUGUGAUUUACUGAGUGAGACUAUUGUACGAACAAAAGAAAAUGUUGUGAAGAAGCAGGCUCUGACAUAUGAUGAAAUGGAAGCAGAACGUGAGGAGGAAGAGACACAAGCUGACACUGAAAGUGAUGAUGAGGAGCAACAGAUUUACAAUCCUCUCAAGCUACCGAUGGGUUGGGAUGGAAAGCCUAUUCCUUACUGGCUGUACAAGCUUCAUGGUCUUGGUCAGGAAUUCAAGUGUGAGAUAUGUGGGAACUAUAGUUACUGGGGGCGUAGGGCUUUUGAGCGGCAUUUCAAGGAAUGGCGCCAUCAGCAUGGGAUGCGUUGUCUUGGCAUUCCAAACACCAAGAACUUUAAUGAGAUCACAUCAAUUGAGGAAGCAAAAGAAUUGUGGAAGAGAAUACAAGAGCGGCAAGGAUUGAACAAAUGGCGACCAGAUCUUGAGGAGGAAUAUGAAGACAAAGAGGGAAAUAUCUACAACAAAAAGACAUAUACCGAUCUGCAGCGUCAAGGAUUGAUUUAAGUUCACGAUACUGGUGAACGAGCCUGCUUCUGGAGCGAAUGAAUUUUUGGAAUUGGCCCACAUCACCGAGAAACCUUCCAAGCCAAGGCACAGUUUCAAUUACAGUUCUUAGCAUUAUCAUAGCCACCUAGUCCUGGACUCUGUAAUGCUGCAGUGUAUUGCGCUACUUUGCAUGCUAAAAAAUUUCAUCAUUUUGAGAGAAUUGAAGUAUUCCAAAGAUGAAUGAACCUAAAUCAUAAAUUCAUCUAAUUUUCCUCUCUCCCCUGCCUCGAUGCAUACUGCCUACGAGGAGCUGGUGUGGCAAAUGACAUGAGUAUUCACAGUAUAUCUAAGGUUUGUGUAGGCUUAUUAAUUUUGUUAACAUGGUAUGUAAGAUCUUGAUGAUUCCCACGGUUGUAUUAGGAGUGGAGGAACUAUAUAUGAUGGAUUAGUUCCGUGUCUGGC